GAGGUGUUCAUACACCCUGCAGCUUUAUGUAAAAACAAAGAGACAGAAAACUUUAGCUUGCGUUCAGCUCGUCUGCAGGAUUUAUUCUGCUUCUUCAACAUCAGAAUAUUCAACACUUGACUCCCUGAGGUGAUCAACUAAAUGCUCAUUGUAGCAUCAGGUCAGCAUUUCGUGGAUCGCCAUCGGACAGCUCUGAUUAACAGGGUGAAAGAUACAGAAGCCAUCCUGGACGAGCUCAAGGACAGGGGGUUGAUCUCAAAUGAGAACUAUGACACUGUGAGAGCUUUGACAACCACACAAAAUCAGAUGAGGGAAAUUUUCAGGUUUCUGAACUCAGCUGGCAGAAGAGGCAAAGACGCUUUCUAUGAAAUCAUGAGAGGGAUGAAACAUCUGAGGCCUCUCAUUUCUGAACUUGAAGGAUCUGGGUAAAGGGACGAAACUGAGGAGAAGCUUCAGACUUCAGCAAGUGGAUGUUUGUCUUUAAAAGCUCAUGGAAAAUU